UAGUGAUUCGGUUGGCCGAUUUUUUAAAUAAUUAUUUAGUUAAUUAGUUAAUUAUUUAUUUACUCGAGUUGAUACUUGAAGUUUUUAAAUCUGUACAUUUUGCGCUUAUUUUAAUUUAACUUGUUUGGCGGAAAUUAUUCACAAUUCUGUGCGGAUGGUUUUUUACGACAUUUAUUUUUAAUUUAAUAAAUAAAUAGUUUUAUUCGGCGAAAUUUUUUUUAAAUAUAAAUAAAAUUAUUAUUAAUUUAACAACAAACGAUAAAUAUUUGAUCUUCUAAUCUAAACGUUUUUAAAAAUCGUGUUUCUUCAUCCAAGAAAAAUUGAGGCAAACAUGCCAAUUAUGAGCAGCAGUACCGUGGGGAAAUCUGCCCGGUGCAGGUUUGCCGAUGAUUUUUCCCGCAUUGGUGCCCCCGUCUUCAACUUGGCCAAAUGCCUGAACGAUUCGAUGAACCAGGGAGAGAUGAUUGAUUAUACUUCUGCUGUUGAAAGUAGUGGCGAGAAUCCAGAACAUCACAACAGCAUCAUUCACACACCAUGCCGAACAUUAAACAGAAACUCCAUGUGGGAUUCUGGAUUUGGCAGUCCGACCACAAAUUUCAGUUCCACCAAAAAGCCCACAACAAUCCGCAAUCGCAUGACAGAAUCGGAUUCUCUAUUUUUUUCACCCAUUUCAUAUUCAUCAGAGCAAGAAGAACUCAAAAAAAUGCUUGAGAAGAGCUUCACAAACAGCAAUGGCAACCUGAAUGAUUUUGACUUUGCACCCCUUCCAGCAACUCCAGUUUGUCGGAAUGGUUCAUCCAGUAGGAGACUUCUUAAUUCUUCAAACUGCAAUAUUCAGCACAGUAUGAAGAAGAUGAACAUCAACCCAUCACCUUACUCCCAUCACGACGAUGCUCCUGAUUCGAUCCACACAUCCAGAUUUUACAUAAAGUCACACAAAAAAUCAAAAGUUCUUUUCUCUAAUGUUAACAGUCCUCGGGCCAAUGUCAAUCCAUUUGCUGUUGAUCUUAAAAAUUCACAUCUAAGGUCAGGAACUAAAAGAUGUAGAGAGCAAGUUGACAGCAGUCCAGUCAACCUUGACUCCAGUCUCGAUGAGAGUAACCAACAACCCCAAAAGAAGUUAGCCCUCCGAAGCAUGAAUACUUCGAGGUUCAAGAAGGAGUUCCAUAUGAUGUCGCGCAUUGGAGAUGGCCAUUUUGGCUCUGUCUUCCAAUGUCUCAACAGACUAGAUGGCUGCACAUAUGCUAUCAAAAGAUCAAAUAAGCAAGUUGUUGGCAGUGUUUUUGAAAACAAUGCAAUAAAUGAAGUGUAUGCACAUGCAGUCCUGGGAAAACAUCCACACAUCAUUGGUUAUUAUUCAUCGUGGGUGGAGCAAGACAGACUCUUCAUACAAAACGAAUACUGCAAUGGUGGAAGCCUCUCGAAUGUUCUUAGACAAGAUCGCCUCAACAACUGCGUCUUCUCCGAGAGACAACUUUCAGCACUACUCUACCAAGUUUCUGACGGUCUCUCCUAUGUACACUCACAUGGCCUCGUACACCUAGAUUUGAAACCUGACAAUAUUCUAGUCUGCUACAGAAAGAAGCAAACGUCAUCUUUUGCGUCGUCGUCGCCGGCUUCUGUCACUGCAACAUCCCCGUCGUCGCUAAUGUUAUUCUCAUCAUCCUUGUCACCUUUGCCUAAGAAAAGUGAUUUUGGCAUGGUGACCUCAAUUACGAGCUCUUCGGUGAAUGAAGGUGAUUGCAGGUACCUCCCGAAAGAAAUCUUGCAAGAGAAUACGACUGACGUACAGAAAGCAGAUAUAUUCUCCUUAUCACUCACAGUUUAUGAAGCUGGCAGUAAUGUGGAGAUGCCCCUGAAUGGACCCACCUGGCAGGAAUAUAGACUCUUUGGAUUGCCUAACCUUAGACACGUUUCAGAAGAUUUCAAUGAUAUUUUAAGGGUGAGUUAA